AUGUCAGAAGAAGAUGGCAGCGACGCCGUCACUGAUGAGGUCUGGCAAGAGGACGGUUCCAGCGAGCAAGACAAUGAAGAAGAGGCCGAUAACUCGAGGCUGGCGACAUUCGCCGAAGGCGAAACGGAGCCUUUAGCCUUGGAAUCCCUCGGCCUAGAAAAGUACGCUGCAGUGGACGACUCCACGUUCGACGACUUUGAACUUCCAGAGUCCAUUGCAACGCAGGUCCAGGAGACCUGGACGGCCUUUUGUGCUAAAUUUGAUUCCCGGGAAGCCGCUGGUGAAAUGUUUUUUACGUCGUUGUUCGAUGCCGCGCCAAGCCUUCAGCUUCUCUUCAAAAGCCCAAAGGCUGUAGUCGCCAUGCGGUUCAUGCGCGGGGUGUCCAGCUGCAUAGCUUGCGCCUCGCAGAAGGUCUUGCUUAAAAAGGAGAUCGAAUCUCUGGGAUUUCGGCACUUGGAGAUCGAAGUCACAAGCGUGCGAGUCGACUUCUUUCGCGAGGCUCUCCUCGACCUUUUGGAGGAGACGCUGGACACCGGGCACCUCACCAGCGGUGUCCGUGCCGGCUUUCAGGCGCUUAUCAAUUAUGCAGGGGGAGCAUUCAUCUAUAUCCGCCGCGAGUACGCCGGGCGCAUCAGCGUGAUCCUUCGUAGUUGGGCAAUCGCAUCCAAAGGAAGCAAUUCCAACGAAGCAGAGGCCCUGCUUGCAGAAGAGGAGGGUGAGGAAGGUGUGGAGGAGGCCGACAAGGAGAAGGAGACCAACGCAAACGACACAAAGCAAGACAAUCACGCGAAGACUGCGAAGGGCCCAGCGAACCUCUCUGGAGCUCGCAGCUCGGGCGAGGCAGCUGGUGAUCAGAUGAAGGUGCCCACCACGUUCAAUGAGAUGCUUCUCUUCAAUGCAUCCGUGAUGGGCUUCGGCUCUAGCACGUGGAUGAACAUCAUCUUGGCCCAAUUUGAAAACAUGGUGCUGAAUGUUGCCAACUCCUCCCGCCUUCAGGAGGAGUGCGAUGUGGUUUCACUGGUUCUGGCCAAAUACAAAGGCCCCAUCAACUUGCCUGACUUUAAGUCUGUGACGCUGGCUUCGCUUCGGUCCUUACUUCCGGAGGACUGGGACUCCAACCACGAAAUCGCAUGGAGCUGGCUCUGGGAGAAUAUCGAGGGCCUCCUGAGCGCCAUGAUAGGCAAGCCACGGCAGCAAGAGCACGCGUUGUCAAACUUCUUCAGAUACAUGGAGGAGAAGGAUUCGCAACGGCUGACCCAGCGGCUGUUUCCAGUGUUCUUUGAGCUGGCGCCUGCCGGUCAGGACUUCUUUCAACAGUCCGCGACGAGAAUGCACUUCAUUUCUGGUCGAAUCAUUUCAAUGACGUUGGACAUGUAUGCCGCUCCGCGGAAGAUGGUAGAGGAGAUAUCUGCAAUUGGUUUGCGACACGUCGGGUAUGCCAUUCCAGUGGAGAUGUUCCCUCCUUUUGUUUCAGCAGCCGUAGCACUGCUACAAGAGCUGGCGACCAACGAGCUGGCGAUCGAGGCCUUCCGCUGGUCCCUGGCCUUGAUCUCCAAGAUCCUGGUCCGAGCCAUCUCAGAGGGCUCCACCCUGGUGAUGAAGGCCAUCAACACUAAUCAAAGACUCAUGCUCAACAAGGCCAUGGAAGUAGUUUCGAGAGGUCAUCGCGCCAGUGAGCUGCUAAGCAUUGCUGUGGGUACACAGUCCAUCUCGCCGUUCUAUUGGGCCAUCGACAGUGGAGCGACCGUGUGUGCAGUUGCCAUGCUGGAAGACUUGCUGACGAUCAGGGCGGACCGUGACGUUUAUUACUAUGGCUGUGAGACGCUCUUCACUCGCCACCCGGAAGUGAUCCAGCGCUUGUGUGCGACAGCUCCGACACUGAUGCCAACGCUACUCGAUGGCUUAGUGUGGCGGUCUCGUCAGACGAAGGAAGGCUUGCGACGGGUGAACUACUACGUGAAGCACUUGAUCCAGGACCUGGAAGGCAACUAUAGCAUGAACUUAGAGUGGUUGGUGGCGCAUGGGGAUCCGAAGAUCAUUCGUCACCCCACUGUGGUCAUGUUCGCAGACUUGCUUUGGUACAGACUGGCCAGCUACAAGUUCGUCGUGUCCAAGUUGUACUUCCUGCUGAUGCUGCUGAUCUUCGUCACAAGCCAAGCGAUUCUCCCCAAUCACACAGGCGAGGCGCAAAGCCGAGAGGAGCUCGUCGUCAUUUUCACACUGCGUAUCCUGAACUACCUCGGCAUGAUGUGCAAGCUGAUAUUUGGCACGAUGCGCAAGACCUGCUCCGACUGUACAAACGGCAACCUCGACAAGUCAGGCUGCAUUCCGAUUCCGGCCUACCUUUUCAGCACCCAAGAAUUUGCCAACUUCAUUUUGAUGUGGCUUCUCAUCAUCAGCUGUGCGCAGGAGCCCUUCUUCCUCUGCUUAAUCUUCAGCCAGACUGGACCGGAUGGCUUUCCCCUGACCCCGACGUGCCAGGGUGCCGAGGACACCAUAGUCUCCUACUCCAUCACCACCUUCCUUGCAAUGAUGAUCUACUGGGCGCUGCUUUUGGACCUUGCCAUCUUCUCCAUGCGGAUAUCUGCCUAUGUUCUGGUUUGUGGCCGCAUGCUUGGCGAAGUGGCGCUCUUUCUCUGCGCUAUUUUCGCCCUCGUUCUUGCGUUCGCCACGUCGAUCAGCGCCCUGUACUUUGAGUAUCCAUCAAUCGAGGGGGCUCACUUGUGGGGUGACGUGCUCUUGCAGAUGGCCUUGGAGAUCUUUCCGGAGGAGAAAUAUCUUGAGAUUGCGGCAAGCUCCGUGGUCGUCUUCGUGCCUGUUGUGACAUUUGUGUUCGUAGUGUCCAUCUUACUGAUGAACCUGCUCAUUGCACAGCUGACACAAUCCUAUCACGACGCCUUCUCGAACAUGCAGGGCUACGCACGCCUGAACCGUGCAGCAAUCACUUCGAAUACGUUGCACUCCCUUUCGCGGAAGCGUUGGUCAGCCUUUCUGACCGCCUUGGGGAUGGACAAACCCUUGGAAUUCAACGAAGGAGAUGUUGGCCUGGCGGGGGGCAUCCAAGUCCUAGAAUCAGCAAGUGUCCAUCCUGUCUUCGAGGACACCAUCAAGCGCUACGGAGGCUCCACAGCCUCUGAUGCACCAUGGCCCCGGGAAGUGGCAGAGGAGGAGGAUGACCGGAUGGCCAAAUUGGAAAGGACGCUGUCCAAAAUCGUCAAGUCCCAAGGGAAGACGCGGCAAAGGGGUGGCAGGGCAUCGAGCAGCAUGGGUGGCUCUACCGCCUCAAGGUCCGUGGACGAAGGUGAUGACUAA